ACUGCAAUCAGUGCAGCCACACCCUCUCCACUGAUGAUCCCACAGGGGCAUCACACCUGUUAAUCUUCUCAAUAUCGGUUAAUUAGGAAAACCGCAGCCAACACUGAAUACAGCAGGUGGUGGGUGGGAUGGUUUAGAAGCUGUAACAAAACCACUGCUUUUGAAAAGCCCACUUCAAAAUCCUUCCACUUUGUGUGCAAGGAGCAAAAAGCCAACACAAACAACAUGACUGACUAUGAGGUUGCAACUGCCUUUCUCGGGGAAUGGGGACAUUUCCAGCAGCAGGUGUUUUUCCUACUCUGUCUCACCGUCAUCCCUAACGGUUUCACCGGCAUGUUCAUCGUCUUCGUCGCCGACACUCCGCCCCACCGCUGCGUCAUUCCCGCAAACGUGAACCUGACAGCGGCGUGGAGGAACCGCAGCAUCCCGCUGGAGCUGGACAGCAACAGCGGCGCGUUGGUGCCCAGCAAGUGCUCCAGAUACAGGCUGGGAGAUGUGCUGAGUUUCUCGGACAGAGGCUUUCUGCCCGGGGUCGAUGUUAACAUGUCUAAUGUGCCGACUGAGAGCUGCUUGGAUGGGUGGGAGUAUGACCAAAGCGUGUACAUUUCUACCAUCAUAACUGAGUGGGACCUGGUGUGUGACGACGGGUGGAAGAACCCGCUAACUUCUUCCAUCUUCUUCUGUGGUGUUCUCACUGGCUCCUUCGUUUCGGGGCAGCUCUCUGACAGGUAUGGGAGAAAAAUAGUGUUGUUUGUUACCAUGGCAGUCCAGACAGUGUUCACAUUCAUCAUGGUCUUCGCUCCAUCCUGGCCCGUGUUCUGCGCCCUGUUCUUUAUUGUCGGGAUGGGACAAAUCUCUAAUUAUGUGGCUGCGUUUGUGCUAGGGACAGAGAUAUUGAGCCCAAAAGUUCGGACAAUUUAUUCCACCGCAGGUGUGAGUCUUUUCUUUGCUGCAGGCUACAUGUUCCUGCCACUGUUAGCCUACUUUUUGAGAGACUGGAGGAUGCUUCUCCUAGGCCUCACCCUGCCUGGCUUCCUCUAUGUGCCUCUCUGGUGGUUCAUCCCAGAGUCUCCUCGCUGGCUGCUGUCUCGGGGCAGAGUGGAGGAGGCAGAGGCCAUAGUGAGAGAUGCUGCUAAAAAGAACAAAAUCAAGCCUCCGCCGGUCAUCUUUAGUCCUUUGCAGAAAGAACUUCAAUGCGAGAUUAAGGCCCUCAACAUCUGUGACCUGCUCCGUUCCCCAAACAUCCGCUGGAUCUCCCUCACGCUGUGGCUGGUCUGGAACACCUUGACCAUUGCUUACUUUGCUCUUUCCCUAAACACGGCAAACCUUCACGGUAACGCUUACUUCAACUGUUUCGUGUCGGCUUUGGUUGAGAUACCAGCCUACACUUUGUCUUGGGUAAUGUUUCGCUGGUGGUCCAGACGACUGAGUCUCUCAUCAACCCUCUUCAUGGGAGGAUUGUUUCUACUCUCCGUACAGCUCAUGCCAGCAAACCUGGUUUAUCUCUCCAUAACACUGGAGAUGAUGGGGAAGUGUGCGGUGACGACAGCAUUUGCUAUUGUGUACGCAUACACAGCUGAACUCUACCCAACAGUGUUGAGGAAUACGGCCUUGGGGGCCUGCUCCAUGGCCUCCAGAAUAGGCAGCAUCAUUGCCCCAUACUUCAUUUACUUAAGAAGCUAUUCCGUUUCACUGCCUUACAUCCUUAUGGGAAGCAUUACAGUUGCUUCCGGGUUGCUGAGCCUCCUGCUGCCCGAGAGCUAUGGAAUGCCUCUGCCUGACACCGUCAGUCACAUGCAACACUUCCCCGGAUGUUGUAAGAAGAAACCCUAUAAACUCACAAACACUGAAGAAAAGGAAAAGGUUGCAGAAGGGAAGUCUCCAGUUUUCCCUUGAACAAGGAGCCUCACUGUUAUCUGCCUGAAGCAAAAACUGGAUAACCAUCUUAUCUCCUUCCACUUAUAAUACCUGAGAA